AUGCUCAAUCCCACCCCCUUCUCCUCUGCUUCCAAGGCCCUGGUCAUCAGCAAUUCGGCCCGGAAGACCUCCACGGUGGGGGAGAUCGUCAACCUGAUGUCGGUGGAUGCCCAGCGCUUCAUGGACCUGGCGACCUACAUCAACAUGGUGUGGUCGGCCCCCUUCCAAGUGAUGCUGGCCCUCUACUUGCUGUGGCAGAAUCUGGGCCCUUCCGUGUUGGCUGGCGUGGCCGUCAUGCUGCUCCUGGUGCCUGUGAAUGCGGUGAUAGCGAUGAAGACCAAGACCUACCAGGUGGCCCACAUGAAGAGCAAGGACAGCCGCAUCAAGCUGAUGAACGAGAUCCUGAACGGGAUCCGAGUGCUGAAGCUCUACGCCUGGGAGCUGGCCUUCAAGCGGAAAGUGCUGGAGAUCCGGCAGGAGGAGCUGAAGGUCCUCAAGAAAUCCGCCUACCUGGCGGCCAUCGGCACCUUCACCUGGGUCUGCGCCCCGUUCCUGGUUGCUCUGUCCACCUUCGCCGUUUACGUGUCCGUUUCGGAAAAGAACAUCCUGGACGCCCAGAAGGCCUUCGUGUCCUUGGCCCUCUUCAACAUCCUCCGCUUCCCCCUCAACAUCCUCCCCAUGGUGGUCAGCAGCAUCGUGCAAGCCAGCGUGUCCCUGAAGCGUCUCCGGGUGUUCCUGUCCCAUGAAGAGCUGGACCCCGACAAUGUCAUCCGAGGGAACCUCCGGAAUGCGGGCAGCAACAGCGUCAGCGUGCGGAGUGCCUCCUUCAGCUGGUCACGGACGGAGCCCCCCGUGCUGAGCAGCAUCAACCUGGCCAUCCCGGAGGCCUCCCUGGUGGCCGUGGUGGGGCAGGUCGGCUGCGGCAAAUCCUCCCUCCUGGCGGCUCUUCUGGGGGAAAUGGAGAAGCAGGAGGGGCACGUCUCCCUCAAGGGCUCCGUGGCUUUCGUCCCCCAGCAAGCCUGGAUCCAGAACGCCACCUUGAUGGAGAACAUUCUCUUUGGGCGGGAGCUGAACGGGGGGCUCUACCAGCGGGUGCUCGAGGCCUGUGCGUUGCUGCCCGACCUGGAGCUCUUCCCUUCGGGAGACCAGACGGAGAUUGGAGAGAAGGGGGUGAACCUGUCGGGCGGCCAGAAGCAGAGGGUCAGCCUGGCCCGGGCCGUCUAUGCCGACACUGACAUUUACCUGCUGGAUGACCCCUUGUCGGCCGUGGAUGCCCACGUCGGGAAGCACAUUUUCGACAAAGUCAUUGGGCCGAAGGGCCUCCUGAGACACAAAACCCGGAUCCUGGUGACGCACGGGGUCAGCUACCUGCCGCUGAUGGACACCGUCGUCGUCUUGUCCGAAGGCAAAAUAUCGGAGAUGGGGUCCUACCAAGAGCUUCUCAAGCAAGACCGGGCCUUCGCGGAGUUCCUGCGCACGUACGCCGGGGCGGAUCACAGUGCGGCUGGCGAAGAGACCCCCGGUCUGGUCCCAAAGGAAGAGAAGCUGCUGGAGAACGGGGUCCUCGCCAGCGAAAACUCGGUCCAAGUGAGGAGGCAGCUGAGCUGCUCCUCGACCUACAGCAGCGACACGGAGAAGUCCCUGGCCCAGAACAGCCUGGCCCAGGCUCAGAAGGCGCCGGACGGCAAGAACACCUGGAAAUUAACCGAAGCGGACACUGCGCAGACGGGGAAAGUGAAGACGACCGUCUACUGGGAGUACAUGAAGGCCAUCGGGCUGGGCAUCGCCUUCCUCAGCAUCUUCCUCUUCCUCUGCAACCACGUGGCCUCCCUGGCCUCCAACUACUGGCUCAGCCUGUGGACAGACGACCCCGUCCUCAAUGGGACGCAGCAGCACACCAACAUGCGCCUGGGGGUCUAUGGCGCCCUGGGAAUCUCUCAAGGUGUGGCCGUGUUUGGCUACUCCAUGGCGGUUUCCGUGGGGGGCAUCUUUGCUUCCCGCCGCCUCCACCUCGACCUGCUGCACCACGUCCUGCGGUGCCCAGUGAGCUUUUUCGAGCAGACGCCCAGCGGGAACCUGGUCAACCGCUUCUCCAAGGAGAUGGACAUCAUUGACUCCACCCUGCCGCAGGUCAUCAAGAUGUUCAUGGGCUCGCUCUUCAACGUGCUGGGCGCCUGCGUCAUCAUCCUGCUGGCCACGCCGAUUGUAGCCGUGGUCAUCCCGCCCCUGGGCCUCAUCUACUUCUUCGUGCAGCGCUUCUACGUUGCCACCUCGCGCCAGCUGAAGCGCCUGGAGUCGGUCAGCCGCUCCCCGAUCUACUCGCACUUCAACGAGACCCUGCUGGGCGUCAGCGUCAUCCGUGCCUUCGGAGAGCAGAAGCGGUUCAUCAGGCAGAGCGACCUGAAAGUGGACGAGAACCAGAAGGCCUACUACCCCAGCAUCGUGGCCAACCGGUGGCUGGCUGUCCGGCUGGAGUCGGUGGGCAACUGCAUCGUCCUUUUCGCAGCCCUGUUUGCCGUCAUCGCUCGCCACAGCCUGAGUGCCGGGCUGGUGGGCCUGUCCAUCUCCUACUCACUACAGAUCACCACCUACUUAAACUGGCUGGUCCGAAUGUCCUCCGAGAUGGAGACCAACAUUGUAGCUGUGGAGAGAGUGAAGGAAUACUCGGAGAAGGAGAAAGAGGCCGAGUGGACCUCUGCGCCAGCGGCUGCCCCGCCCGGCUGGCCUCAAGAAGGGCGGGUGGAGUUCCGGGGUUACAGCCUCCGCUACCGGAGCGACAUGGACCCUGUGCUGCGGGACAUCUCCAUCGUGGUCCAGGGAGGGGAGAAAGUGGGCAUAGUCGGAAGGACGGGGGCCGGGAAGUCCUCCCUGAUGCUGGGCUUGUUUCGGAUCAAAGAGGCGGCGGAAGGAGAGAUCCUCAUUGACGGGAUCAACAUUGCCAAAAUUGGGCUCCACGACCUUCGCUUCAAGAUCACCAUCAUCCCCCAGGAUCCCAUCCUGUUUUCCGGCUCCUUACGCAUGAAUCUGGACCCCUUUGACCAGUAUUCUGACGACGACGUCUGGCUGUCGCUGGAGCUGGCUCACCUGAAGGCCUUCGUCUCCUCCCUGCCCAAUAAGCUCCUGCACGAGUGUUCGGAGGGCGGGGAGAACCUCAGCGUGGGUCAACGGCAGCUGGUGUGCCUUGCCCGGGCCCUGCUGCGGAAAUCCAAAAUCCUGGUUUUGGACGAGGCCACGGCCGCGGUGGAUCUGGAGACGGACAGCCUCAUCCAGUCGACGAUCCGGACUCAGUUUGAGGGCUGCACGGUCCUGACCAUCGCGCACCGUUUGAACACCAUCAUGGACUACACGCGGGUGAUCGUCCUGGAGAGAGGCAGGAUCGUGGAGUGCGGGGCUCCUGCUGACCUCAUCGAGAGCAGGGGCGUCUUCUGCAACAUGGCCAAAGAUGCCGGCUUGGUUUGACCAGGUGAAGCCGGCCUUCCCCCACCCCCACCCAUGCCCAGGGAGAAGCACAGGCAGGCCGGCACACGACCCGUUCUGCAGAAAGGGCAGUAGAACAGAGGCUUCCUCCUCCUCCUCCUCCUCCUCCUCGCUCGAGAGGAGCAGCACGGGGGCUUGGGGCACAGAAGGGCCCCCCUGACUUGAAGGAGUAUCUUGCUGGGAUCACCGUCUGCACCAAAAAAAUUAUCUUAUUCUGGUGAUGGGAGAAAGGAUGCAGAGAAGCAUCUGCAGCAGAUUCCGAAAAGGCCCUUCUGGUUUCCUGUUUCCUUCAAGGGUUACACAAGGUUCAGAUGCAGAAGAGCAAACCUCCUCUUCCCCCCCCCACCCCCCAGGGCAGGUUCAGCCCCAGCCGCCUUCGCAGCUCCCCUGGCACUGCCUGGUCACCUGCGAAGGGAAGGGAGGCCUCUGCCAGCCUGGGAGUUUAGAAACUUCCGUUUGAAUAAUGUGGACCUUUUUUUUAAAGGGAAAACACUCUAGAGAUCUCUUUUCAUAGAAGAUAAUUAUUUAAUUUUUGUAAAUAAAUUUCUCUGAAGUUCAGCAGACUGAAAUGUUCUUUGGUACUUUUGUAGUAAAGUUUUUGAGUUAAAA